AUGUCAAGGGAAGAGCUCGACCCUGCGGUAAAUCUUGCUGAUGAGUUUAAAAAAAGAGGGUACUUCGACGAGGCAAAGAACGGGAUUUUAGCAGGGCCUAUCCAAGAAUCCAGCACGACUACAUUGGAGCAGUUCAUCAAAGACAGGGUUACAUCUGUUGUCGCCGAAAUGGUCAACGAGGACGAGUCAUUGAUCUUCAAAAAUCGUGGAUCAACUACUGCCUUAAUUGAAGGUCAACUUCUUAAAGACGGAUAUGAGAAGCUCAACACUGAGUCUAUACAGAUUGACGUAUUGCUCAGAAGGGUUCUCGAGGAUCCCGAUUUGAAAGCAGAGAUUAAAGCAAAGCUGAAAGGUGACCUUGAAGCUAACAAACUUCAACAAAGGUCGCAGUGA